AGGGCCGCUGGUAUCUCUACGCCACCCGGCAACGAAGGCUGAAUAGAAACAGUCGCCAUUUUUUAUUUCAGGCCAGAGAGCUGGUGCCGCACAUAGGAGCGGACGGAGGAGUGAAGUCGUCUUGUGUGUUUGCGUGUUACAGAUCUCAGUUUUUUUUUUGUUGUUCCCGUCGUGGUGAAAGGGAAAAUCGUCCCAAGAUCCGUAGCGUAAAAUUGUUUUUUUUUUCUUUUUUUUUUCUGUUGGUGGUUGUUUUUAAGAUUUGAUUAGAACUGUAGCGUGAUCCGAGAUAUGGCCGAUACCGACAAGCUGAACAUAGACAGUAUCAUUCAGCGCCUUCUGGAAGUGAGAGGCUCAAAACCAGGCAAGAAUGUCCAGCUACAAGAAAAUGAGAUUAGGGGUCUCUGUCUCAAAUCCCGGGAAAUCUUCCUAAGCCAGCCAAUCCUGCUGGAGCUGGAGGCACCUCUUAAGAUAUGCGGUGACAUCCAUGGGCAGUACUACGAUUUGCUGAGGUUAUUCGAAUACGGUGGAUUUCCACCUGAGAGCAAUUACCUGUUCCUUGGAGACUACGUGGACCGAGGGAAACAGUCACUGGAGACCAUCUGCCUGCUUCUGGCCUAUAAGAUCAAAUAUCCAGAGAACUUCUUUCUGCUGCGAGGAAACCACGAAUGUGCCAGCAUCAACAGAAUAUAUGGCUUUUAUGAUGAAUGUAAAAGGCGAUACAACAUCAAGUUGUGGAAGACUUUCACAGACUGUUUUAACUGUUUACCCAUAGCAGCUAUUGUGGAUGAAAAGAUUUUCUGUUGUCAUGGAGGUUUAUCCCCAGACCUUCAGUCUAUGGAGCAGAUCAGGAGGAUCAUGCGUCCCACUGAUGUGCCUGACCAGGGGCUGCUGUGCGACUUGCUCUGGUCUGAUCCGGACAAAGAUGUGCUGGGCUGGGGAGAGAACGACAGAGGAGUCUCCUUCACUUUUGGUGCAGAAGUAGUUGCUAAAUUCCUCCAUAAACAUGACUUGGAUCUAAUCUGUCGAGCCCAUCAGGUUGUUGAAGAUGGCUAUGAGUUCUUUGCAAAGAGACAGUUGGUGACUUUAUUCUCUGCGCCCAACUACUGUGGGGAGUUUGAUAAUGCUGGUGCCAUGAUGAGCGUUGAUGAAACCUUAAUGUGCUCUUUUCAGAUCUUAAAACCUGCGGAGAAGAAAAAGCCUAAUGCAAGCAGGCCAGUUACACCUCCAAGGAACAUGAUCACAAAGCAAGCAAAGAAAUAAUACAGCCUGGCAUUACCCAUCUGGACUUGUACCAUACAAUCUCCAUUUUUUAAAAAUUCCCCUCUUUGUGUAAUGUUAUCAGUUGGUGUGCUUGGAAUAGAUUUUUCUUGUUUAUUGGUUUCUCGAACACCAUACGCUGGUGAUAUUUUGCAACUGAGAAGACUGCUACUUCAAGAUAAAGGAUGGAAGUGCAUAGAUUUUAUAGAUCUUCAGACUAACUGGCUGUUCAACUUCAGGUUUGCACACUCCAUUGUGGCCAGUCUUCAACACAUUUCCGAACACUUGUAGCUACCAAUGGAUUUUAAGUGCUUUUUUUUGGAAGCUCAGAAGACAUCUUAUGAACUGGUUUGACAUAAUAAUCAAGACCUGCUUCCUAGAACUGUUAAUGAUGGAGACAUCACAAUUUGCUCAAACCACUGUGAAAAGUAAUUGCAUAAAAUAAACUUAAAGACAUAAGGAUUUUAGUUAAGACUAGGUUUAUUUCUCCACUUUAGCACGUGUUGUGUAGCUACCAGAAAUAUCUACUCCGGUGUCACUGAGUUGGUGUAUGAUUUUAAGCACUUCUUGUACUGUGCACAUCAAAUAAAUAAAGCUGUUAUUUUAGAUGUUUUUCUUAAUGCUUCUCCAUUUCUGGGUAGGAACUUUAAGGAUAAAACUAUUUUUUUGCAUUUAAUUUCACUCUCCAUAAGUGUUGUAGUCAAUCGGUAAAAAUACAGCUGUAAGUGACUAACCACAGACAGACUAUCAAUGGGAUUAUUACUAUUGGCUUAAUUUGUUUGCAUUUAGAACGUUUUGAAUCAGUUGCCUUUGUUUUAUUGGAAAGUUCCUGGAUGUGUCCCUAAGUAUCUUUCAGUCCUAGAGGUGAACUGCUCCAGAUCGGUGAUGGCAUGUAAACCCUUUCUAAUAAGGGCUGGGGGAAGUCUUUUUGUUGCAUGUAUCUAGCUUUAGAACUACAGGAAAUAAGGUCCCUUUUCCUUAAACAAGGCAUGUGUAUUUUCUGUCUUAAAGCUAAUGUAGCUCUUGAUUUCUUCAGGUAUCAGUAACUUGUAAUUACAACUUAGAACUUUUAAUAUUUGACAAGUUUCAUCUUCUGUACCGAUUAUCUAAUGUGUACAUAUAUAUUACAAUGCUUUGGUCAGCCUUGGCAAUAUCUUGUAUAAAUAAACUCAAGCUCAGUUUUUCACAUUCAGAGGAUUGUAUACUUGUUUAAUAAAAUUGUGGGGAGGGUGGGAAACUUGAAUUACACAAUGAAAUAUUAGUUUUUAUUUGUGAAAUAAAACCAAGAACAUGACUUAACUGUUCCAAUGUUUGUAUUGUAAGGAAUGGGUGCCUGGCCUGUGUGACAACAGUCUAAACUUGUAGCAGUUUCAUCCGCCGUGAUCUUCACGUUUAGAAAGACCGAAGCUAAUGCAUUGAGUCCCUAUUUAACUGCAUCCACGAUGUAUGUACAUUUGCUUGAAUUUAUCGCUUACUCUGCAGUGUGAUGUUGCCAUUGCUUUUCUUAUGAAAUAAAUCGCUGGUUUUUCCCAGA